AUGUCUGAUAAUGGAGAAACCUCCCAAACUGCUACAUCAUCUGGACCUACGCAAAUGACUGCUGAAGUCACGAUGGAUCUCUCAUGUGUCCGACAAUGUAGUGAGCUCAUCAGUCAAUAUAAACUUGGCCAAUGUGGAAAGGCAGACACCAUCCUUGAACUUAGAGAUGUCCUCCUUGAUUCACCAGCCAUCAAGGGUAAAAGAAAUCUUAACAAAGCCCUUGAAGUCUUCAUCAGAAUGCUCAACAGCAUUGAUUCAUCCAAAGGAAAGGCAGCUGAGGGAACCUCUGAUUUUGAAGAAACAGAGAGUGAAAAGAAGCAACCAAGAGAUGAUUCUGAGUCUGAAGACAUUGACCACCCAUCUGCUAAGUGA